AUGAGAGGGAGGAUGGAGCCCGAGCCGGAUCCGGAGCUGCUGCUGCAGGAGGCCCGGGAGAGCAUCGAUGCGGCGCAGAGCUACCGGCGCGAGUUGGGCCAGAGGCUGCAGGGGCUGCAGGCAGCCCGGAGGCAGAUCAAAGAUAGUGCAUCACAGACAAGGGAUGUCCUCAGGCAACAUUUUAAUGAUUUAAAAGGAACCCUCAGGAAGCUCUUGGAUGAACGAUUGGUAUCACUGUUGCAAGAAGUGGACACCAUUGAGCAGGAGACCAUCAAACCAUUAGAUGACUGCCAGAAGCUCAUAGAACAUGGAGUCAGCACAGCCGAAGACUUAGUUCGAGAAGGUGAGAUUGCCAUAGUUGGUGGUGUGGGAGAAAAGAAUGAAAAACUAUGGAGUUUUACCAAAAAGGCCUCACACAUUCAAUUGGACAGCUUGCCAGAAGUGCCUCUGCUGGUUGAUGUGCCAUGUUUAUCUGCUCAGUUGGAUGACUCAAUUCUCACUAUAGUCAAGGAUCAGAUUUUUAAUCAUGGCACAGUUGCAUCUCGGCCACCAGUACAGAUUGAAGAGCUCAUAGAGAAGCCUGGAGGUAUCAUAGUACGAUGGUGUAAGGUUGAUGAUGACUUUACAGCACAAGAUUACAGACUCCAAUUCCGUAAGAGUACUUCAAACCAUUUUGAAGAUGUAUACGUUGGUUCUGAAACCGAGUUCAUAGUAUUACAUAUAGACCCCAAUGUUGACUAUCAGUUCAGAGUGUGCGCUCGAGGGGAUGGUCGGCAGGAGUGGAGUCCAUGGAGUGUUCCACAGAUAGGCCAUUCUACAUUGGUACCUCACGAAUGGACGGCUGGCUUUGAGGGAUACAGCCUGAGCAGUCGAAGAAAUAUAGCACUCAGGAAUGAUUCCCAGGCAACAGGUGUUCUCUACUCCAGUGCUCCAACCUAUUUCUGUGGGCAGACAUUAACGUUCAGAGUUGAAACUGUGGGCCAGCCAGACAAGCGAGACAGUAUAGGAGUUUGUGUAGAAAAACAAAAUGGAUAUGACUCCCUACAACGAGAUCAAGCAGUGUGUAUUGGUACAAAUGGUGCAGUUUUUGUAAAUGGGAAAGAGAUGACAAACCAGCUGCCUGCGGUUACUUCUGGGUCUACCGUCACGUUUGACGUGGAAGCCGUGACGCUGGUCACUACGGCGAACGACGCCGGGAGCUUUAAACUGAGAGUAACUAUUAGCUCCAAUAAUAGGGAGGUGGUUUUUGACUGGCUACUCGAUCAAUCCUACGUUUCUCUUUACUUUGGAUGUUCAUUUUUUUACCCUGGUUGGAAAGUAUUGGUGUUUUAGCCUUCUGAUUAAUUGGGAUCAGGCGACCCUUGGCCAAGUUUAGCAAGCGACAAAGCCAGGCCCAUCUCUCAGCUGGGCAGUCUAGAAAUCGAAAGGGUUUCUAACGGAAUUCAUUUACACGUAUACGUAUUAUCUGGACAAGAGCAUAAUGCAGUCAAGGUUAUUUCCAAGUACAGGAUAAGAAAGUUUCACAUUAUGAUAAAACAAAUGGAUUUCUCAGAAUAAAACGUGGGGGGGGGGGGGUAGGCAGGGACUUUCUUCCAGCGCCUUUCAUUGCUUAUUUGCUUUGUCUGGUUAGCAUGGAAAACCCCAUUCGUAUGACGGCACCGUUAAGUCUUCACAUCUAGACCAAAGUUUUAUAAAAACGCUUUCAAGCCUGACGCAGUUGGAGUGUGUGAACAGCCAGACGGAAUGUAGGUUCGACCUUGUCUGUUAUGGUUCUUAUGAAUUGCAAAUGUGGAACAUUCCAAUUUUCUUUUUUUACAAUAUGUCUUCUCUUGCUACAUAGGUUUAAUUUAUAACCAAAAAAAAGGUCCCGCUUGAAAUGAAGCUCUUCUUUGUUCUCUUCCAUUAGAUCGGCCGUUCUUCACCAGAGUGCCUUGUGUGUUCAGGGAUUUAAGGACAGGAUUGAGUUUGUGCACUCAGCAAUAAUACUUGUCUUCAAAGCCAUUUGACUUUCUGUAUUUUUUUUGUGCCUCUAAUAAUCUAACCAAAGUAUUUUGUCUUGCUCAAACUUUGCAGUAGUUUGCCGUGCUCUAGAGGGUGUUCACAGGGUAAAGCUGCUUCCAGGAGUGGCACGUACAGUGUUAGCCACGUGACAUUGCUGGUGUGCGCGUGGCGGGUGGGGCUGUGGCACGUGGCCUCUAGUACGCCUUAUUAUCGGCUUGUUCGUCCGGCAAGGACCAACCAAACAUAAGAUGAUACUUGAUUUUUUUGGAUAUCUUUACAUUUAUGUAAAAUAUUUAUUUUAAGGCCCUACUCUUAAAAUAAUGGUCUUAAGUAGCUAUACCAACUUAACAACAAAUUUUAAUGUGAAUUUUUUAUCGGUAGGAACAUGUUUGAAAAAGCAAGUUUGAUAUUUUUGUAAAAUAAUUUAUUUUGGGAUUCAGUUCCCUGUUUGACAAUCAUGACAUUGUCCCUUAGAUUUUUUUAUAUGUUAGCAGCCUUUCGUUUUGGUUUGUGGUAGUUAAAAAGAUGUGGCAGGUAUACAUGCCUUUAUUAGUGCUGAGUCUGAAUAAAAAUACAGUACAAAA